GGAAAAAUAUGGAUGGACGAUGUAUAUUGCGCUGGCACUGAGUCUUCACUGAAUAACUGUAGGAUGUCUGGAUGGGGAAUACAUAACUGUAUGCAUUCUGAAGACGCUGGAGUCAUCUGUGAAGGUGGAUGAAAGCUACAUAAAUAUUGCGUAUACUGAAUAGAACCAAACUUUUCUAAUCUCUUAUUUUCUACUUUUUUUUUUAUGUUAGCCUAUGUUAGGUUGGUCUAUUCAGAUAGUUUCACCCACAACUGAUUUUGCUGUUUGAAAUACUAGUUAAGGGCAAAUCCAGCAUUAUGGAUGUGACAUUUUGCGUUAUGGAUGUGACAUAUAAAUGCUUAGAGAAUGUACUGUAUGUGUUACCAAUAUACCAAACCAUCUGUUUAUAUAUGAAGAGUUCAGAUGCAAAACCAGCUAAAAGUCAUCUUGGUCAAAAAUGAGAUAAUGAUACUGAGUGAAUGCUCCUGACACAUAGUACACGUCCAUCAAAUACUUUUACUUUAAACUCGCUAAAUUCCAGCCUCAGCCCAAUCAGAGGUACCAGUACUUACAUUGAAACCUAUACAAAGUAGCCAGAAAGAAAUGCUACUUUUAAAGAAAUACGUCAGAUGGAUUUAGGGGCUUUUGCAUCUGAACUCUUCAUAUAUAUAUGUGUAUAUGUGUAUAUAUACAGUAGUCAACAUUUGAAGUGACUCAAAAAAGUUCAACCAAAGUUGUCCUAAGACAAGAACGUUUAUUGUUUUGGUUUUUGGACAACUUUAAUGAAAGGUUUUGAUCCACUUCAAAUGUUGACUACUGUAUAUAUAUAUAAUUUUUUUUAUAUCUGAUAAUAUCAGCAAGCGUUUAUUAAAAAAACUAUAAAACUAAAAACUAUAAAAAUAUCAGAAAAAUAUCAGUCUAUGCACAAGUUUUCUAUGUUAAAAAUGGAAAAAAAUCAUGCGUUAUAGAUGUAAUAAAAAAGGACACCAUUUUUGAGAGACUACAUACUUUGUAGGAUUUCUGCGAAUUAAAAUGCACAAACCAGAUGCAAUGAUACCCCACAAAUAGAGAAGCAAUGGCUCUUCACAGAACGUAUAAUUGUUACUUUAUUUUAAUUUUGCGCCUAUUUCUGAGGAAUAUGAACUGUUAUGGAUGUGACAAGCCUGAAAACAGCACUUACCAGACAAAAAAGCUUUAAAACCUUUAAGAGAGACCUCACAUGAGUCUUUGAAUCGCCAAAUGUUGACAUCUGUGCUAUCAGUAUAGUCAAAACCUGUGAUAAAACAUUUUUUUUCAUGGUAGGUUGACAUUGCAUGGAAUUACCCUUAAACUAAUUCUUUCUGGAAAUUUAGUUAAUAUUUCUCAUUAAGGGUCAUGAAUGUGCAUGCAAAGUUUUUACACAUAUAUGUGUUUUGGAAACUUUGUAUUGUAUUGGAGUCAUAUAGAGUCCCCCAUUGACCCUUAUCGGUUUUCAUGCAGUUUUCCAAAAAUCAACACUCUGAAAAACACUAAACAGUCAGGUAAAGAAACAUAAAUAAUUUAUUUUUUUGAACUUAUGAAAUGUGUUCUAUUUGAGCUUUAAAGCCUAUUUGAGAUUCUUUAGUAUAGUUUAGAAUCUUUAGUUUAGAAUCUUUAGUAUUUCCAUAGUGUAUUUUUGUCAAAUGGCAUGAAAAAAAGUGUGUGAGUCAAUUUGAUCCCUCACACUAAAGUUGUAUUCUGUCUUUUAACACGAGGAGGGUUAAGAAUUACGUCAUUCACAUCCCAAAUUUCCUGACAAAUGCCAUAGAUGCCUUUAUGACUUAGCAAUGUUUCACUUCACAGAAAAUAUAAGAAGAUUUGUGGUAAGAAUUAUGGUGAAGACCACGAUUGGAGUCAAUGUCAAUGACCCAGAUAUCAAGAAUAACCUUCUGCAGAAGAUAAAGAAUGUGUUUGGACCUAAAGUGGGCUGGAGAAUACAGCCUGAUAAGCAGAUAUUUCACCAGGAGAGAACAACCACAGCCAGGACUGAGAUAUGCCAAAAGGUGAAGUAGGCAGCAGGGCGGCAGAGAGAGAGAUUUAUAUACUGAAAUCUGAGGGGAGGAGCCAAGAUGGCAAAUCUACAUCUAAAUAAAAUCACCUGGAAUCCUCCUUAACUUGAUCUCACGCCAUCACGGAGACAAAGACACUUCUGAAGGAACUGGCAUGUUAACAGGACACCAUGUUUAAUUCUUUGUGGCUCAUACUAAUGCUGGAUUUUGGAAAUGGACCUCAAGUCGAGGCUUUUCUGAGGCUGGUGAAUGGUUUCGGUUUAUGUUCUGGACGAGUGGAGGUUCUUUAUAAUGGAAUAUGGGGAACAGUGUGUGAUGAUGACUGGGAUCUAACAGAUGCGGCAGUGGUGUGUAGAGAGAUUGGCUGUGGGAAUGUCACAGCGGCAAAGAGUAAUGCAUAUUUUGGAGCAGGAUCAGGAAAAAUAUGGAUGGAUGAUGUAAAUUGCACUGGCAUUGAGUCUUCACUGAAAAACUGUAGGAUGUCUGGAUGGGGAGUACAUAACUGUGUGCAUUCUGAAGACGCUGGAGUCAUCUGUGAAGGCUUCGUUAGGUUGGUGAAUGGCGCUAACUCUUGUUCUGGACGAGUGGAGGCUCUUUAUGAUGGUCAGUGGGGAACAGUGUGUGAUAAUGGCUGGGAUCUAACAGAUGCUGAAGUGGUGUGUAAAGAACUGGAUUGUGGCAGUGUGAUUGAGGCACAGAGUGCUGCUUAUUUCGGACCAGGAGUAGGACCAGUAUGGAUAGAUGGUGCACAGUGUACUGGGAGUGAGGCUUCACUGGUGAACUGCACAUCAACAAAAUGGGGAAUACAGAGCUGUGAACAUUUAAAAGACGCUGGAGUCACCUGUAACACUGUGAAGCUGGUCGGUGGUUCCAGUGAGUGUGACGGCAGAGUUCAGGUUCGAUAUGAAGAGAAAUGGGGUGCAGUGUGCAACACUGGUUGGGAUCUAGCAGAUGCUACAGUCUUGUGUCAAGAGCUGGAUUGUGGAGACGCUGGAGAGCUGAUGGCAUACUUGGGACCUUCAGGGCAAAUAUGGAUGGAUAAACUGGCCUGUACAGGAAAUGAAUUGACCGUACAGACGUGUCCUUUUACCGGACGGGGUGUGAAAAGUUGUUUGAAUGGGCUUCAUGCGGGAGUUUUUUGCCACUAUACUGUGAGACGAGUUGUGGUGAGAAUUAUGGUGAAGACCAAGAUUGGAGUCAAUGUCAAUGACCCAGAUAUCAAGAAUAACCUUCUAGAGAAGAUAAGGAAUGUGGUGGAAGGUAAUGAAGCAUAUAGUGUGAACUGGAGAAUACAGCCUGAUGAGCAGGUAUUUCACCAGCAGAGAACAACCACAGACAGGGCUAAGGAAUGACAAAUUGUGAACUAGGCAGCAGGGCGGCAGGAAGGAGAAAUUUUAUUUUAUUUUUGGACAUUGGUUUUGGAAUUAUUAUUGCACUCGUAUCAACAAGUUAUCACCUCUUUGCUUAUAAAUCUAAAAAUUAACUUUCUUUCAUAGUAGUGCCACUCCCGCCCUGCUCCGCCCCUGCCUUAUCAGCAGUCAUACAAAACACCCUGAUGGAGCUACAUCCAAAAAUGCCAUCGAAACGAAUAAAACUAUCUGGACAUCAAUACAAAAGAUGAAGCUCCUGGUGAUGACAAAUGAGUUUUAAAGGUCGACAGGUGCUUCUGAAAGGUAGGCUCAUGUUGUGUGUGUGUGUGUGUGUGUGUGUGUGUGUUUGUGAAUGGGGGAGGAGAAUGUAUAGGCCUAUAUAUGCCAUAUAUUAAUGUUUACAAUGUUUACAAUGUUUAUAACCACUACUAAAAGCUGUGCAUGUGUAAAUGACAGGUUUUCAGGUGUACGUAUACCUCUUGCAUACAUUAUACUCCUGCAUACCACUUUUCAUGUCUGUCAUUGAAAAUGAAACAGAGACUUGUGCUUUCCGUGUCUUGUGUAGAGCAGCAUUUAAGCUUGUCUUGACAAUGUUUACAGGUCUUUUUUGAAUGACAGAAAAGACAGAAAUCGGACACUAAUCCUGAUUGUAAUGACAUAAUUCUAAUCUUUCUGUCGCUUUGCACUACAAUUCUAAAAUUGUAUAUAUGGAAAUUAAAUGUGUAUAUAAUGUAAUAUUGUAAAGUCAGGAAAAAGACUGAAGUAGAUUAACUUAAAUUUGUAUUUAUUUUUUAUUUACCAAUUUAUUUAUUAACAGGAAUUCUCAAAAAAAAAAUAAUAAUCUGCUUCACACAGGAUGUAUUUGUAUAUGUAAUGAAAUGUAACAUCAUAUAAAUGAAUACACAGUUUAGCAAAUCAUCUCACUUAUUUUACAAGGAUGGUGUAUAAAUAUAUUAACUAUAUUAAAUCAGAAAUCAAAUAAACAUUUAGCAUAUAAAGAAAAUCAGUUUUGCAUUUUAUUUUCUUUUUACCUCCAAUCAAUGAAAGUAAUUGAACAAUGGCCAUAAGUAUCAAUGCACUCGAAAUGAUUACAAACUUUCACUGACUUUAAACUGCUGCAACCUAAACAAAUGUUCUUCAGCUUUAUUUCAUAUGCUGUGAAAUAUUUUAAACAUUUUACUAUACAAACACUUCUAGAAUUUUUCAUCAUCUGGAUGACUGAAGAGCAGUUGUUCUGUUGUUUCUCC